AUGCCGCUUGCUGGUCGGCUGCUGGUGCCAGCGGUCGUCUCUAUUUCCGGCCCUAGGAAGGGAUCGCGAGCUUUGGUAUAUUUAACCAUAUCUGCCCCAUUGCGAGUCGGCAGGCUUGCUCGCCGAUUCCUAGUUCCACGAGAGGAGCCCGUGGAUACCGCAACGUAUCGUUGCUCCAUAUUUGACGUAUUGGCCGCAGUUCGCCGUUCCAUGCUGCGAAAGUCGUUGAUAGGGUUUCCGUUGGCCCCAUCAAUGGCUCUAAGAGCUAUCUCAGCAGCCAAGAAUGUAUAG